GAAAUGAAUCAUGAUUUUCAAGCACUUGCAUUAGAAUCUCGGGGAAUGGGAGAGCUUUUGCCUACCAAAAAGUUUUGGGAACCUGAUGAUUCAACAAAAGAUGGACAAAAAGGCAUAUUUCUUGGGGAUGAUGAAUGGAGAGAGACUGCAUGGGGAACUUCUCACCAUUCAGUGUCCCAGCCUAUUACGGUACAGAGAAGAAUUGGACAGGGUUUUCCUGGAAACAGUGAAGUAAAUGCAAUACUGUCUCCGCGAUCUGAAAGUGGAGGCCUUGGCGUGAGCAUGGUAGAAUAUGUAUUAAGUUCCUCUCCUGCUGAUAAAUUGGAUUCUCGGUUUAGGAAAGGAACUUUUGGUACUAGAGAUGCUGAAACAGAUGGACCUGAGAAAGGAGAUCAAAAAGGCAAGGCUUCUCCAUUUGAGGAGGACCCAAACAGAGAUCUUAAACAAGGAGAUGAUGAUGAUUCUAAAAUAAAUGGCAGAGGUUUGCCAAAUGGAAUGGAUGCCGAUUGCAAAGAUUUUAAUCGUACUCCUGGAAGUCGUCAAGCCUCUCCAACUGAAGUAGUUGAGCGCCUAGGCCCCAAUACUAAUCCCCCAGAAGGAUUGGGACCUCUUCCUAAUCCUACAGUCAAUAAACCACUUGUUGAAGAAUUUUCAAAUCCUGAAACUCAGAAUCUGGAUGCCAUGGAACAAGUUGGUCUGGAUUCCUUACAGUUUGACUAUCCUGGUAAUCAAGUACCAAUGGACUCUUCAGGAGCUACUGUAGGCCUUUUUGACUACAGUUCCCAGCAGCAGCUCUUUCAGAGGACUAAUGCACUAACAGUUCAGCAGUUAACUGCAGCCCAGCAGCAGCAGUAUGCAUUGGCUGCAGCUCAGCAGCCACAUAUAGCCGGCCUUGCUCCAGCUGCGUUUGUGCCAAAUCCAUACAUUAUUAGUGCUGCACCUCCAGGAACUGAUCCAUAUACUGCAGCAGGUUUGGCUGCAGCAGCAACAUUAGCAGGUCCAGCAGUAGUUCCACCUCAGUAUUAUGGUGUUCCAUGGGGGGUGUAUCCAGCCAAUUUAUUUCAGCAACAAGCUGCAGCAGUAGCAAACAACACAGCAAAUCAGCAAGCAGCAGCAUCACAAGCCCAGCCUGGCCAGCAACAGGUUCUCCGUGCUGGAGCAAGUCAGCGCCCUAUUACUCCCAAUCAGGGUCAGCAAGGGCAGCAAGCAGAAUCACUUGCAGCAGCUGCGGCAGCAAAUCCAACUUUGGCUUUUGGUCAGGGUCUUGCUACUGGAAUGCCAGGCUAUCAAGUCCUAGCUCCAACUGCCUAUUAUGAUCAGACUGGUGCCUUAGUGGUUGGCCCUGGAGCGAGAACUGGCCUUGGAGCUCCAGUUCGAUUAAUGGCUCCAGCACCUGUUUUAAUUAGCUCAGCAGCAGCACAAGCUGGUAAGUCAGCAGCAGCAGCAGCUGGAGGAACUGCAAAUAGUCUUACAGGCACCACAAAUGGUCUGUUUCGGCCAAUUGGCACUCAGCCACCACAGCAGCAGCAGCAGCAACAGCAGCCCAACACCAAUCUACAGUCUAAUUCAUUUUAUGGGAGCAAUUCUUUAAAUAAUAGCUCACAGAGUACUUCUUUAUUUUCUCAUGGACCUGGUCAACCUGGAAGUGCAUCGCUUGGCUUUGGAAGUAGUAGCUCUUUGGGUGCCGCUAUAGGCUCAGCACUCAGUGGAUUUGGUUCAUCGGUUGGCAGUUCUGCAAGUAGUAGUGCCACAAGGAGAGAGUCUCUAUCUACUAGCUCUGACUUGUACAAAAGAUCUAGUAGCAGCCUAGCACCCAUAGGGCAACCAUUUUACAAUAGUCUGGGAUUUUCCUCCUCUCCAAGUCCAAUAGGCAUGCCUCUGCCAAGCCAAACUCCAGGACAUUCACUUACGCCACCGCCAUCACUUUCAUCACAUGGAUCCUCAUCCAGUUUGCAUUUAGGAGGACUGACAAAUGGUAGUGGUCGCUAUAUCUCUGCAGCACCUGGAGCAGAAGCAAAAUACAGAAGUGCUUCAAGCACUUCCAGUCUAUUUAGCUCCAGCAGCCAGCUCUUUCCUCCUUCUCGGCUUCGAUAUAAUAGGUCUGAUAUUAUGCCUUCUGGCCGCAGUAGAUUAUUGGAAGAUUUCAGAAACAACCGCUUCCCAAACCUUCAACUUAGAGACUUGAUUGGACAUAUAGUUGAGUUUUCUCAAGACCAGCAUGGUUCUAGAUUCAUACAACAGAAGCUAGAGAGAGCUACUCCUGCUGAACGACAGAUGGUAUUUAAUGAAAUUCUUCAAGCAGCUUAUCAAUUAAUGACUGAUGUUUUUGGCAACUAUGUUAUACAGAAGUUUUUUGAGUUUGGAAGUUUGGAUCAAAAAUUAGCCCUGGCUACUCGUAUUCGUGGUCAUGUUCUACCCCUAGCCUUGCAGAUGUAUGGCUGCCGUGUUAUUCAAAAAGCAUUAGAAUCUAUUUCAUCUGACCAGCAGGUAAUUAGUGAAAUGGUAAAGGAACUAGAUGGUCAUGUACUGAAAUGUGUGAAAGAUCAGAAUGGAAACCAUGUUGUACAAAAGUGUAUUGAAUGUGUUCAGCCACAGUCACUGCAAUUCAUCAUUGAUGCUUUUAAAGGACAAGUGUUUGUGCUUUCAACUCAUCCUUACGGCUGCAGAGUAAUUCAACGCAUCCUAGAGCAUUGCACCGCAGAACAGACUUUACCUAUUUUAGAAGAGCUCCAUCAACAUACAGAGCAAUUGGUUCAGGAUCAGUAUGGCAAUUAUGUUAUUCAGCAUGUACUGGAACAUGGUCGACCUGAAGACAAGAGCAAAAUUGUUUCUGAAAUCAGAGGCAAGGUCUUAGCCCUGAGUCAACACAAAUUUGCCAGCAAUGUAGUAGAAAAGUGUGUUACUCAUGCCUCUCGUGCUGAGAGAGCUUUACUGAUUGACGAGAUAUGCUGCCAGAAUGAUGGUCCUCACAGUGCCUUAUACACCAUGAUGAAGGACCAGUAUGCCAAUUAUGUGGUUCAGAAGAUGAUUGAUAUGGCUGAGCCUGCUCAGAGAAAGAUAAUCAUGCACAAGAUUCGACCUCACAUUACUACUUUGCGAAAAUAUACAUACGGGAAACAUAUACUGGCCAAGUUGGAAAAAUAUUAUUUGAAAAAUAGCCCAGAUCUUGGGCCUAUUGGAGGACCACCAAAUGGAAUGCUGUAAAGGAAAAGGGGAAGAUAAUUUAACCAUGUGAAAAGAGUUUCUUUGUGAAUUAUCAAAACACAACUCAACUAUGAAUCUUCAAAUUUUUUUUUAAAGCAAAACUAUUUAUUGACUUUAUUCAUCCAUUUGUAAAUUUUUUAAGGUUCUUGUGUAUAUUUGGGGGGUGGGUGGUGAAUUAUAAAAUGUAUCCAGCCCUAAGUGGAGACCUAUCAGAUUGGAUUGCUGGUAAAGCACAGAAUGCCUGUAUAUGAUGUAACUGUAUCCAAAAAAAAAAAGCUGUCACAUAUUUUGUAAAUUUUUACCUUGUAAAGUCACAAAAAUAGUUUUUAAGGGAAAAGUACAGUAUUCUUUUAAUAAACUGGCUUGCAGUCUGAUAGGUCUUCGACCCCAUAGCACAACAGGUUUAUAGAGAUGUAUAUAGAAUUAUAGUUCCCACCCCUCUUUUUUUUGCUUUUGUUUUUCCUUUAUGUGAAGCCUUUUAUAACAGAUUAGCAAUCAACUGCAUAAAUAUUAUUAAUAUUUUAAAUGGAAAAGUUAAGUUGUAUUUUGGUAAUUCACAAACUAUCAUGCUAAUAAAAACUCAGCAAGUAGAUAAGAAUUAAAUGACUUGAGAAGAAAACAUAUAUUAUUUACAGUGGAUGUGGUUUUAAUACAAAUACUGCCCUAAAAUGUCUCUGGCAAUGUACAAAAGUAUUGUAUAUACUUACAUAUGUAAUUGUAAGAGGUAGUAAAAACAAAAUCAUGGUGACACUUCCUUCCAUCCAGUUAAGUACACUAAAUGAAAAGUUAAGUCCCCUAUUAACUUUUCACUUUGGUUUGCAAGGAGAAAGAGUGGAAAUUUGUAUUUUGUUUUGCUUAUAGAAUUACAAAGACAGGAAAUGUUGAGCUUUAUUUUGCUUUCCCAUAGUAGAUUCAGAAAGUAGGAAUUGAUGAGAGGUGAAAUGGGGCCACUGAAAAGCAAAUUUGAUAGCUCAGCAUUUAAGCAUGAUUACAUAUUCAGAUAGCUUUUUUUGCUUCCUAUAAAUAUAUGCAUUGUGUGUGUAGUAAUAGAUGUAAGUUUACACUUUGAAGACAAAUCUUGUUUCAUGUUUAUUAUAAAAAGCCUUGCUAAUUUAGUAGUGAUGCUUACCUUGGUUGUACAGGUGUACAUUUGUAAACCUUCAUGCUGUAAAUGGAAUUUGUUUUAUCUCUUUGGGAAACAUUUGCAUUUUAGUGUACAUUUAUGUCCCUGCCCUCUUUGACUUGGCAUAUAGUGUUGAAUAAUGUAAAUUUAUUUCUCCAAAUCAAGAGUGAUUUUUAAAAAAAAUUUUUUAUCUUUAUAUGGUUUCAAAGGUAUGAACCAGUUUUCUUUUUAUUACUGUGAUACACAUUUUGUUUUAUAACAUAGUUGUUGACUGUCAAUAUGGUCGUGGUAGGAUUUGGGUCGCUUUCAAUUGAAGUCAGGGUAUUAUGCAUAAUAGAAAGUAUUGGACUGAGAUACGUGGUUACCAUGGAGGCCAAUGCUUUUUCCAUCUUAUUAAAUGUGAUGUGAAAUUUUUCUUUGUACAGAAGAGUAUUGUAUUUUUGAAUAGCUUACUCCCACGUAAGAGCAAAUCUGUAUGAUACCAUUUUUUUCUCUGGACAUAAGACACAGUAACAGAUGUACAUUUACAAGCGGCCUUAUGUACAUUUCCCAACAAUCUUUUUAAGGCAAAAUUGUGACCAUAUGUGUAUAAUUAAACUCGUUUUUAAUCCUU